UCGCAGCGGCUGUAGUGGCAUCUUCCCCUCAUAGCCUGCGCGGUGGAGUAGUGAAGGUCGUAGGGACAGCGGAUACUGGGUGCAGAGUACAGCCGCAUACCGCCUCGCUUGUAUCUCCGUCUCUCAUAACUCGCAUCUCCUAAGCUCCUCGGAGCUACGGCGCUAGCAAUGUCCGCAAACGUGUCUCAGGAGAGGUUCGCCUCCGGGGCCGACCUGGGCCCGACUAUCCGCGAGACCCGAGUCGCCCAGGGAUCGCAGAAAGGAAAAGUGAUCGCCGUUUUCACCAGCGGCGGUGACUCGCAAGGCAUGAAUGCGGCCGUGCGCGCCGUGGUGCGCAUGGGCCUCUAUCUGGGUUCCAAAGUGUACUUCAUUCAGGAGGGCUACCAGGGCAUGGUCGAUGGCGGCGACUCCAUUCAAGAGGCCACCUGGGUCAGCGUCUCGGGCAUUAUCCACAAGGGUGGCACAGUGAUCGGCAGUGCCCGAUGCACGGAAUUUCGUGAGCGUCCGGGCCGCCUGAAGGCCGCCAAAAACUUGGUCCAGCACGGCAUCACAAACCUCGUUGUGAUUGGCGGAGACGGUUCCUUGACUGGAGCCAACCUGUUCCGCCAAGAGUGGGCAUCCCUGCUUGAUGAGCUGCUCCAGAAUGGCAGUAUCACCCAGGAUCAAAGGACCAAUUGUGGUCACCUCAACAUUGUGGGCAUGGUUGGUUCUAUUGACAAUGAUUUUUGCGGCACUGACAUGACGAUUGGAACUGACUCAGCGCUCCAUCGCAUCAUGGAAGCUGUCGAUGCUAUCGCCACCACUGCAUCGAGCCAUCGGAGGACCUUCAUCCUUGAAGUAAUGGGAAGACACUGUGGGUACCUGGCUGUUGUGGCUGCCUUGGCCAGUGAAGCCGACUUUGUGUUCUUUCCUGAGUGCCCGCCAGACAGUGAUUGGCCUAAGGUCCUCUGCAGCAAGCUGCAUCAGGAGAGAGAACACGGCCGGAGACUGAACAUCGUCAUCCUGGCUGAAGGUGCGCAAGAUAAGGAUGGGAACCCCAUCACGGCUGAGAUGGUCAGGAAGGUGGUAGUUGAUAAUCUGAAGCAGGACACUCGCAUCACAGUCCUGGGCCACGUCCAAAGAGGAGGGAGCCCGUCUGCUUUUGACAGAAUCUUGGGCUGCCGAAUGGGUGCAGAGGCCGUCCUGGCCCUGUUCGAGGCUAAACCAGACUCUGAGGCUUGUGUCGUGUCUCUGGAUGGCAAUCAAGCCGUGCGAGUGCCGCUUAUGCAGUGUGUAGAGAAGACUCAAGCUGUUGCCAAGUGCAUGGCCAACAAGGAGUGGCAGAAGGCAGUGCAGUUGCGGGGCAGGAGCUUUGAGCGGAAUGUUCAGACAUAUCGCAUGCUGACAAGGUCGAAUCCCCCAAAGUCUGCCAUGGACAAGCCUCUCUUGGAUGGCUAUCGGAUGGCGGUGAUGCACGUUGGCGCUCCGUGCUGUGGCAUGAAUGCAGCUGUCCGGUCAUUCGUCCGGAACUGCUUGACCCGUGGAGAUACUGUUUAUGGAAUCCACGAUGGUGUUGAAGGCCUUGUUGAGGGCAACAUCCAGCCCUUCUCUUGGCAUGACGUCGCCGGCUGGGUUGGCCAAGGUGGCGCCUUCCUUGGAACAAAGCGGACACUUCCAGGUGAAGUAAUGGAGCAAGUUGUGGCCAAGCUAAAGGAGUUCAGGAUUCAGGCGCUGCUCAUCAUCGGUGGCUUUGAGGGCUACCACGCAGUGCUGCAGUUUGCUGAAGCCCGGGAGAGGUACCCCGAGUUGCGCAUCCCCAUGUGUGUGAUCCCCGCCACGAUCAGCAACAAUGUCCCAGGCACAGAGUUCUCCCUGGGUGCUGACACUGCACUUAACGAGAUCACCGAGAUUUGCGACCGGAUCCGCCAGUCGGCUCAGGGAACCAAGAGGCGCGUGUUUGUCGUGGAGACCAUGGGUGGCUACUGUGGUUACCUGGCAACACUGGCAGGGUUAGCUGGAGGUGCCGAUGCAGCGUACAUCUUUGAGGAGAACUUUGGCAUCAAGGACCUCAUGAACGAUGUGCUGCACAUGCAGGUCAAGAUGUCCGAGGGUGUCCAACGAGGUCUCAUCCUCAGAAAUGAAAAAGCCAAUGAAAAUUACACAACAGACUUCAUUUACCGACUGUACAGCGAGGAAGGAAAAGAUGUAUUCACUGCCAGGCAAAACAUUCUGGGUCACAUGCAACAGGGUGGCACACCGUCGCCGUUUGAUCGCAACUUUGGCACCAAGACGGCCACUCGGGCCUUUGAGUGGCUUGUGAUGCAGCUAAAGGGCCACAUGCAGCCAAAUGGCGUUGUGAACGCCACCACUCCUGAGACCGCAUGCCUGCUGGGUCUCAUCCGGCGGCAGUACUACUUCACACCCGUGCAGGAUCUCAAGUCGCGGACCGACUGGAAACAUCGCCUGCCCAAGAACAUGUGGUGGCUUGACCUGCGGCCUAUGCUGAACAUGCUGGCAACUUCCGACCGCUACUUGCGUGAAAUGGCCGGAAAGCACCCCCUGCUCAUAGAGCAGUCCAUCUCUGAGGACAUCGAUGAAGUGGCCUACUGCAUCUAAUAAUCCUGUCCUUGCCCUUCCCAUUGUUAUGUCUUAGGCUCUUUUUUUCCCAGUUUUCCUUGGAUUGAUGCCAAUGUUGGGAGCACAACGGGGUGGAAUCACCUCCCCUAAUGGUGCUGUUGCUGUCUUGUGCAGCUAUUUUAUAAUUGCUGGGCUGUUGUUGAGGUGUACUUGCUCCCAGCUUUUGUUGCUGUCCAAAUAAGCCUGCACGUAAGCAGAAGCCUAUUUUUGGCUAACCACUUUCGCAGAUGUCAUCUUUCUGCACAUCGGUUGGCUCAACCACUGAAGUCAAAUGUGUUUUAUGUCACUGUCACUUCCCUGCUGCAUAGUUGAGUGCAUCAGUGACUCUGGAAGCAUGAACAUGGCAUCAUCAGUGAAUACUACCUGUUGCUGCAGUGAUGUCGUUCUGCUGCUUUAAAAAUGGGGCCGGCAUCAAACUAAGGCAUAAUAGUUGUGGCAUGCAAAGCUGAAGGCAUUACCAAAGCAAUCAAUUGAGAAUGCAGCCACAUGCUGCGUACCCAUCCUUAUUUUCUUCACCCUCACUAGCCAAAUGUACUAUAGCUAUAUACACUACAGUUGAGUGUUGCAGCGGGUUGAAUCACAGGUUGUCUCAUGGGUAACAUGAGAAUGAUGUUGAGGGUAUUCGUGUUACUUUGCCUUAUUUAUUUUCAUGUCUGUUUGGCACUUAAAAGAAAACUCCACACAUGAGAUGUUGCUCAUUUUAUUGCUGUAUUCAAGACUUCAUUUAUGUAAGUUUCUGUCUGUGUAUGCUUGUUAUUGUAUGUCGUACUUGAACAAACAGGUCAUGCAGACAGAUCAAUGCAGAGUUGUGAACCAGUUGUCCUUUACAUUUGUAGCAGCAGGCACGGCAACUACACCAUGUUAGGCUUUUGAGGAUGCUGUUGUUGCUUCCAUUGUGGUCAUAGAUGACUUCCACCAAUCUCUUUCCCAAAUGUAUGUUUAAACUAAGUGAACAUUAAGUAUUAUAGUAUGUUGUGUCUAAGGCAGGUAGGAAUUGUUAUCAUACAAUUGUUUUGUCUUUAAAAAUAUCUGUUGCAAUGUUACCAAAACACUUACUGAUUUCACUAACCAAGUGACUGCGUUAUCACUUAUUCCUAAACUUUUCAGGAGUCCAACAUCACUCCCUUUGCUUUUAAGCAACUUUUAAGCACGGUUUGUGUCUUUAGAGGCUUCUUUGGUUCCUGAGAUGUCGUAACUGUAAUGUACAAUCUCUUUGGCCACUUUUUUGCUUUAGCACAAAACCAACUAUUACAAUGAUCUGUCUUCUUCUGGUGGCUGGAAAGUGUCUUUAAGCACUCUUAUGGAGUGAUCGCUUCCUCACAAGCUUUGUUGAAGAACAACCGUGGCACUUAAAGUGGCUGCUUGUGCAAGGCUCAGCAAAAUUAUUUUUUGCCAGUGUUCUGGAACGUUCAGAAAAAGAUUAGAAUUGCUGCAGAGAUUACUUUCAUGCUGUCAAAUUAUUAUUUAUUAGAUUUAUGCAGUGAAGGCUUUAUCCAAUGCUGUAUGCACGUUUGUAACUAAUUCUGAUAGUGUGUAAUGGUAGUGAGCUUCUUUCUCAAAUGACCCAGAAGCAGUACACUUGUCUCACUUACCAGUUUGCUGUAAGGCAUGUAUGUCCAUUACACGUAUAAUCAUAUAAAGUGCUGGCUGGUUGAUAAAAUUUGUAACUAUGCUUUAACCUUUUGUUUUCUUAUGAAGCCAUAGACAUGUAUCAGAAUAAGUUAAGUUAUUGAUAUAUUAGUCAGAACUAUAGUAUUGAAUGAUACACAUACACCUAAUUUCAAGGGCCCUGUGAGUUCUGUCUGGAUCACUAAAGUUGCAUUUUUUUUAAUAAUUGGCAUUGAUGUUGAUGGUGCUAAGAAGCAUUCUUUCUGGCUUUCUACAGAGGGCCAUCGGUGCCGGUCAUACUGGUGCAAAAGUGCUUACUUGCCAAACGGAAAAAUGGAGUGACUGAUGAACUGGUAUUGACGUUUUAUGGCAAGAGAAAAUUAGGUUAAAUGAGAACUCUGACGUUCUUGCUGUGCUUGGCCUUUCCUGUCACAUGUUAUUGGCAAGUGUUGUUUUCAUGCUUAUUUUUUCUACAUGCAUCAGGGAAUCUACAUACUGUUUUCACUCAAGCUCUGAUACAGUUCAUUUUUCGUUAUAAUGGAGUUACGUUCAACAUAAAAAUAACUUUUAUAUCCUAUAUUCGUUAUGAGUGUACGUAUACCUGGUACAUGCCAAAAAAAUCUAGCUUAUUUGUAUUAAAUAAUUCUUUAUAUCUGUAUUUGCCUGCAUAAGAACACAAUUAUGCCAAAAGAUGCAACACCUCAGUAUUUUUUUAUUUUGAAGAAAAAUAAUGUUUUUAUCAGUGGCAGCGGCUCAUAUUGCGUUACUUCCCUUAGUUCCAGUUCCAGACGUGGACUGCCAGUAUGUAUGACACAUAAAGAAUGUGCUAUUAUUACUAUUUAUUUUUUGCAAGUUCAUAACAACCCCUCUCCAUUUUCUUUUGCCUAUGUCUCUAGUCACUGCCACCUUAUUUUUCUCCUUUUAAAUUUUAAGCACUGCUUUUACAUUGUAGAAUGAAGUGUACGUGUGCCCUCAUAUCAGCCUGUGCCACUGUGUACUGUGAUGUUUUUUUUUUCUAUACUAAUAAUGCAAGUUGUGGUGACUUCCUGUCGGUUAGAUUGUUAUUGUGCAUAGAGCUGCCAGUGAGCUGUGGCCAUAGUCUUUCAUGUGUCUGUACAUGAAUCAACUCUGCGCUGGUCUUUCCAUGGUAAACAUGGCAAGCAAACCCCAGCGAUGCUGUAUGUUUAGAACCUUUUCGUUGCCCAAGGCAUUUCGUACAUAUUUCCCUUUGACAAAUGUUCGCUACUGAAUGUUGCAAAAGUAAGGAAGUCACGUAUAAACUGCUCUUCUAGAAAAACAAAUUCGCAGAUGUAUGCCAAUACAAGCGACUCAUACACCAGAGACAGCGAAGCUGUAUGUGGAAGUUCUUGGAGCCUUUCAAUGUUCUCAAAGUCCUAGGGGUCUCUUUUGCCUCUGCCCAAAAUCUACCCAAGGCUUUGCGAAGGCUUCACUGGACAUGGUGCAGUUCCUUCACUAUACCCUAGCCUAUUCAGAUGCUUUACUAUAUCCAAACUUAGUACUUCUAUUGUCUCUGUUAUGCUAGAUGCAUGUUCCUGCGUGCUACACUGGCUCUGCCAAUGGUGCCGUCUGACUGCGUGUUCAGGUGGCCUGGUAGAGCAGCGUUGCUGCCUCUCUUUAGUGACAGCUCAGUGCCGACGCCAGCAUCUGGCUGUGCUUUUACAGUAGUGCCCUAGUCAUGUGGCCACUCCGAGGAUCCGGCACAGGCUGCAUUGCCUGUUGCUCUUUGAUUUGAAUUUGAUUCCGACCAUGCUGCUGCACGCCACCAUAGGCUCUCGCCGCUGCUUCAUGAAAACCAUUGUGGAAAUUUUCUUAAUAGCUUCGCCCUGAAGGUGACAACUAUUUGUCAGGUGCAGUGAUGCAAGAACCAAAACAGUGCCUCACCGAAAGGAACUGGUCUCACCUGUUAGCGUAAGGGCUGAACAUGGCCAGUGCUGUUUCUUGCCGAACAGUGAUGAUGCCACCAUUCUGUUGCUGAGAAAAAUCGACAUUUUUUGAGUCAGCAUUGUUGGAGACAACUCACACUUUUCAUCUAUUCUGAACAAAACAGGCAAGUUGUAGUGGCUAAGCGUCAGUGGGGUUCUGCUCCCAAGCAUAGGUUGUGGGUUAGAUUCCCAGCAGUGGUAGCCACAUUCUGCUGCUAAGAAGCAUCGAAGUAACGGCCACCUUGGCCCCGUCAAGCCGUUUUUACGGCUCUUAGCCCAGUGAACCUUCCACCAUAUUGUCUGGUAAAUAAACUUGAUUUUGAAUUUGAAUGCAUGCGCACUGAGCUUCGUGUGCAUGUUUGAGAACGCCGGAUGGUAAAAAUAAAUCUGAAGCUUUACUUCAACUUUCCUCAGAACAUCCACAUUGAUUUGGUAUUGGUAUUAGACAAAAUACACCGCAAAAUGCCAUUUCUGUAUGAAAUUCAAGCAGAGAUGAGUUUUGUUAGAAUAGCAAUUAAUACGUGCCUCCCUUAUUUAUAAAAAAACUUGAAGUUAUUUUCUUCUAUUCUGCAACCAGGACUUGCGUUCGCAUAAAUAUAUUCAGUCAGGGUUUUACUGCUAUAUCUAUCUGUUAUAAUUUCAAGGUGCCAGUUCUUUGAAAAAGUUUUACUGCAGCAAGUGUGUUAUAAUGAAAAACAUCACAAAAUUCGUUACUAGCCAGUGUCCUGAAGGCUCAUUGGGAGAGAGAAUUUAAUCUAUUUACGGAAUGUUUCUCAAACUUUUUAGCACUUUUAAUUAUUUUAGGUCAAUUACAUUGUCAAUAGCAGUGUUUUAUGUGCAUGUUGAUAGUGUCAUCGGGCUUCAGGUUUACGUACAUUCUUGUGUUUAGUCUUGCACAUAUAUGCCUGAUAUGGUGACCUAGUGGCUAGAGCAUUCUGCUGUGAAGGAUAAGGCCACGGUUUGGUUUCCAGCCUUGGUUGCUGCAUUCAGAUAAGGACAUGUUAAUUCUAAAGUGUCUGUGCAACAAUUUAUUACCACCUGUCAUCCUGUGUGGUCAAAUUUAAUUUCAAGUCUCCACUGCGAGUGCCUCUGUUAGCCUAGGUGCACCUUUGGCAUUAAAUAAACUUUAUGGAUGAUAAAAUAUGGCUAAACUUGCAUAUAAAACAAUUGCAUCUUAAAGGUAAAGGUAAAUGAACCCACCGUGGUUGCUUAGUGGCUAUGGUGUUGGACUGCUGAGCGCGAGGUCGCGGAACCAAAUCACGGCCAUAGCAGCCGCGUCUCGAUGGGCGCAAAAUGUGAAAACACCCAUCUGGUUAGCUUUAGGCGCACGUUAAAGAACCCCAGGUGGUCCAACUUUCUGGAGUUUCCCACUACGAUGUGCCUCAGAUCGUGGUUUUGGUCCGAUAUAAUUUUUUUAAUCGACAAGAUCUAUACUUCUGCUGUAAUUGUAUGUGACUGUGUAAUAGCACUUCAAGAAUAAAAUAAAAUCUUAAACACCAA